UGCAUGCAUGGAAUUGGAUCCGGGCCUGCCUGGUGGCGUGCGUGCAGGGUCGUUCCGAUCCUAACGGACUUUGCUUGUCGUUUUGGGCUAGUUCUGCAAGCUAAGGUACCAUAGAGAUGAGGGUUCAUGAGUCCCAAAAAGAUUGAUGAACCCCAUUAGCACACGAAACAAUACUCAUCCGGCCGGCCGGCGACACCAAACAACAGUCGAUCGUCAGCACGGACAAGAAGGGGGGCCGGGUAUGCAUGCAUGGCUUCCGAGGAGCAGGCGGGAAUGAGGGAGGUAGUAGGGACGACGACCGUGCCUGCAGCUCCCGAGCGGCAGGAGGAGGAUGUCGAUUCCACUGUGGAAGAGACGAAGGAGAAGCUGAUCGAGGAAGCAUUAAGUUCCCUGGGGUCCUGCCGCGCGAGGUGCUCUGAGAUACUGGAAGGUGCUCGUCGGGGCCGCGUCACGGGCGACUUUGAGCUGCGCUUCUUGGACUUCCUGGAGAAGGAGCUCAGCAUCAUCGUCGCGGGUUUGACGGCACUGGGCCCGCAGCAUGUCGACGAGGAUAUGAUGGGAUUGCUGAAACAAUUGACUUACAGGGCGUCGGAUACUCUCCGCCCCGCCCUCGACGAAGCUGAUCCCCAACGUCACAACACCCUGCUGCGAAGAGCUGCGCGGUGCAUCCACCGAAGGCAUCGUCCCCGGUGGCGGUUACUCUCCCCAGCCCAAAUAUGUUAUGACAUGGCUGAAUAUCGUUUCUUGAGGUAUAGGUAUCUUCUUCCAGCUACCUCCCGCCAUGGGCUGCCACCGGAAGCGGCGGCCGAGGAGGGAGAUGGAAUGGACUGGUUCGGACGAUCACCAGGCCCAUUUGAUGACUCUCCUUAUGGCAACGACCCACUAUUAAUGUUGUGCAUCAGCAUAUUUCCUUACGGGUACAAGUUUAACAAGGAUCAACUUGUCAUGAGAUGGUUGUUUGAAGGCCUCUUCAGUUUCCGGGUCAUCAAUGAAGCAGAAGCAAACGACUACUUUUCCUGUCUAGUCGAUCGGAAUGUCAUCACCCAUGCAGCACCAGAUUCCAGACGACGCACUAAUCUGCCGGAUGAAGCCGAGGCCUGGCAGUGGAAUGUCGAUCAGAAUCAGCACCAGCUCCUUGCCACCAAAUCAGCAGAGAUUGGUUUUGCAUUCACCAGCGCCACGCUCAACUUAUUAGCGGAAGCAUCAGCAACUGGCCAUGUCAACGAAGCUAGUCGGAUUCCACGGAGACUUGCUCUCCACGAUGAUGUCCCAAACAUCCCAUCUCUGCUUCAAAAAAUUGAUCUGUCCCAGACUCGUUCGCUAGCAGUGUCCGGUGCAGUCAGCAUUGGAGUCCCCUUGGACAAGUUUGCCAAUCUGGUGGUGCUGGAUGUCGAAGGCUGGGAGAAUUUUGGGGAUGAGGACCUACUGCAGAUAUGCAGAAGCAAAAUGUUCUUUCUGUUGUAUCUGAGCGUUAGGGGCACUCGAGUCAGCAAGCUCCCACCGGAGAUCAAGGAACUGCUUAGUCUGCAGGUAUUGGAUGCAAGUUACACACAGGUAACUGAGAUUCCAUUGGGGGUGUUCGUGGGAACAAGAUUGCAUAGACUGGACCUAAGAGGCACAGCGAUAAGGCAGGUGAUAGUGCCAGAGCAACAUCUAGGGAUGCUGGCGUCCAGUUUAAGUGCUCUUCUCCUUGGUGAUGAAGGAAUGAUUAAUUCCGCUGAAAUAGCAACAAGACUACCACAUGACAUAUGGCGUUUCUCUGAGCUAAACACACUAGCCACUAUUGAUUUGAGCGAACAGCCUGCUAGCUUCAUCAAGGCUCUCGGGGAUCUACAGGACCUAAGGGUGCUUGCAAUAACAUGGUACUUUCACCAGUCCUCCGAUACAGACUACUGUGACGCGUUACUAUCAUCCAUCGGAAGGUGGCGCUGGCUGGAGUCUCUGACCAUUCACUGUGGACUCGGCUGCUCCAUGGAGUUCCUGGGCUCCCUUUCUCGUCCGCCUAGGGGGCUUGAGAAAUUCAAGGUGACACUGGGAAGAUUCGCAGGUCUUCCCCAAUGGUUCCAUGGGCUCGAGUAUUUAUCUUUCGUUCAAAUCACAGUCUGCAAACUAGGGACUCCUGAUCUGGAGAUACUCAGAGGCUUACCUAAUCUGAAGUGCCUAGUGCUAGGCUUGGACUUCAUUCCCAGAGAAGCUAUAGUGAUUGGAAAUGAAGGGUUCCAUGAGCUCCAGAAGUUGUCCAUCGACUGCCCAGUGCCAUGGCUCACUUUUGAAUCAGAAGCAAUGUCGAAGCUCACAUAUCUUCAACUAGAGUUCCGUGCUUGCCCAAUGGACCCAAUUAGUGUUCCUUCAGGUAUCGGCAACUUAAUUAGCCUUAAAGAGGUUGCCCUGUACUACAAUGUGAGGUAUGCCAACAGCUCCAGUGUCAAGAUGACCGUGGAGGCAGUCACAAAAGAAGUUGCUAAGCGCCGCAACAGGACCCAGAUGAUCAGCUUUUUCAUCAAUGACACUAAACAAGAUGGUGUUCAAGCAAUUGAUGAGGAGAGAAAGAAUACAACCGGACCUCCAAGUGGACCCGGUGCUGGAGCCGAAGAAGAUGAAGCAGUUGAUGAGAAGACUACAGCAGUGGUUGAUAUUGAAAUUACUGAAGCAGAAAGUUGAGCCAAAUCGACGCCUAGUUCAUAAGACAAGGAAUGAUCUUCCUCUCUCGGGACCGUCCUCAAUUGCCUAAGGACAAGAAGAAGAAUCGCAGCCUGCCAAUCCAUAUAGAUGGUAUAUCGCUCCUCCUAUGCAUUGCAGUUGAUUGCUGUAUUACAAGUUUACAACUCCAUUCUUCUAAGACUGACACGUAGUUGCAUUUUAGUUCCUCCGUGUGCUGUGGCAUUUGCAUUGUUGUUUGCAGUUUCAUUUACAUUGGUGUUUGUUGAAGGUUCCUGUGUGGAAAUCAGGAAUUCUUCCAAUUCCUACGGAAGUCAUACUGUUCCACACAGGAUAGGCUCAAAUGGAGUGAUGUGUGUUUGUGUGUUCUUUCACUGUAUCUUGUGGAUUUGAAUGUAAGACUUCAUCAUGAUGUAAUAAUGCAAGAAUUUGAGUUGUU